CGCGCUCUGCUCCUCGGCCCCCUCCCCGUCGGAUGUGGCUGGAGCUGGAGGCGCCCAGGGCCGGAGACGCUGCAGACUCGGGACUCGGAGCAGCUCGGAGGCGGUGAAUAAUAGCUCUUCAAGUCUGCAAUAAAAAAUGGCCUCCAAUAAAACUACAUUGCAAAAAAUGGGAAAGAAGCAGAAUGGAAAGAGUAAAAAAGUUGAAGAGGCAGAGCCUGAAGAAUUUGUGGUGGAAAAAGUACUGGAUCGACGUGUAGUGAAUGGGAAGGUGGAGUAUUUCCUGAAGUGGAAGGGAUUUACAGAUGCUGACAAUACUUGGGAGCCUGAAGAAAAUUUAGAUUGCCCAGAGUUAAUUGAAGCAUUCCUUAAUUCUCAAAAAGCUGGUAAAGAGAAAGAUGGUACCAAAAGAAAAUCUUUAUCUGACAGUGAGUCUGAUGACAGCAAAUCAAAGAAGAAAAGAGAUGCUGCUGACAAACCAAGAGGCUUUGCUAGAGGUCUUGAUCCUGAACGCAUAAUUGGUGCCACGGACAGCAGUGGAGAAUUAAUGUUUCUCAUGAAAUGGAAAGAUUCAGAUGAGGCCAGACUUGGUGCUGGCAAAAGAGGCAAAACAUGA